CCAAAUGGUUCAAUUUACACUUUACCCUAUAAAAUGUUGUCUUUUGAAGUCCAUGAACACAUUAAUCCCCUUGAAACAUCAAACAUUUUCAAAAUAUACAAAACUGUCAACAACAGCAGUUUCCAAAGUUUUUAGAAUUAGAGAAGUUUUGAGAAAAUGGCAUAGAUGUCAAAGUGGUCUCCCUGAUUUUUAAUUUACCACAUCCUAUCUUUUUUACUCCUACAGUCAUAUUCCGUUUUCUAAAAAUAACACUUAAACCAGUUUUUGGGUAAUAUCUGUUUUCUGUCACAUUACAUGAAGAAAACAGAUAUACUCGUAUAUGUGAUAAGGAAGUAAUUAUAGUUUUUUGUAUGAUUAUUGAUUAACUUAAAUAUAAAUUUGUU